AUGGAUCUCCGUGAUAUAAUAGCCACUCGUGGCUUUGCAACAUAUAGUCUGCGUCAUCCGCUCGAGGCAAUGUCAAGCUUCGGCCCGACGCUGAGCGAAGCGACGUUCGGCUUGUUGGGGACAGCAUUCAAGCCAGAACGCGACAUCCGCGACCUGGACGGCAAGGUCGUCCUCGUCACAGGAGGCAAUGCCGGGAUAGGCAAAGAAACCAUCCUCCAACUCGCCAAGCACCGCCCGUCGCGCAUCUACAUGGCCGCCCGCACCGAAAGCAAAGCACGCGAAGCCAUCGAAUCGCUACAAAGCCAGCUCUCCUCGCCCGCUGAUAUCCGCUUCCUCCCUCUCGACCUCUCCUCCUUCAAAUCCAUCCGCGCCGCCGCAGACAAGUUCCAGGCCGACAGCGAUCGGCUGGACAUUCUCAUCCUGAAUGCAGGCACGAUGGGCAACCCGCCCACCACGACGGAAGAAGGGUUCGAGGUCCAGCUCGGUACAAACCACAUUGGACACUUCCUGUUUACGAAACUGCUUCUUCCUACCCUGCAGAAGACGGUCGAGGUGCAGCGCGCAGAGGGCGAAGUUCCCGAUGUCCGGGUCGUGACUCUCGGCUCGGCGGCUCACGCAGUCGGCCCUGCCACAUUUGAAGAGAUGACCUCCACACCCGGCUUGUUGGCCGUCAGCACCUGGACUCGCUACGGUGCUUCCAAAUCAGCGAAUAUUCUCUUUGCGUCCGAGUUGGCUCGUCGCCACCCAGAUAUCUUGUCGGUUUCUGUGCACCCCGGUGCUGUGGACAGUGGUCUCUACGGUCAUGCGAAGAAUCUCAGUGCGGUCAUGAAACACGGCGUUAAUGCUACUGGUUCCCUGUUGUUCCGGAAUGUUACUAGUGGAGCGCUGAAUUCUCUUUGGGCGGCUGGUACGCAGAGAGAGAACCUGGUCAAUGGGGCUUACUACACCCCCGUUGGAUACCGCAGUAAUGGCACUUCGGUUGUUCAGGAUGCGCAGCUGGCGAAGAAGCUCUGGGAUUGGACGGAGACUGAGAUUUCUAAACACAUCUAA